AUGAAGAACGAAGUUACUGACGCAGAUGUAUUAGAGCUAGAGAAUAAAUUAAUGAGCCAUGAAGCCUAUGGAAAACCGUACAAAUGGUGCCCCAAACACUUUGAACUCGGUUCGUCAUUAGGUCGAGGUAAAUUUGGACGUGUUCACAUAGCCAGAGAAAAAAAAACUGGGUAUUUAGUUGCCAUUAAAACUUUGUUUAAAUCGCAAAUUGUGAAGUCUAAAUGUGAGCGGCAGGUGAUGAGAGAAAUUGAAAUACAGUCUCACAUUAAACAUCCGAACAUUUUACGCUUGCUAACGUGGUUUCAUGACGAAAGACGAAUUUAUCUUGUUGUGGAGUUUGCAGCGGGAGGAGAACUAUACAAACACCUCACGAACUCUCCGAAGGGACGCUUUCCCGAAGCUAGAGCUGCUAAAUAUAUUUAUCAGGUUGCCGAUGCAGUUGAGUACUGCCACCAACGUCAUGUUAUCCAUAGGGAUAUCAAGCCCGAAAAUAUUUUGGUUGCAUUCAAUGGAGAUCUGAAAUUGGCCGAUUUUGGUUGGUCAGUACAUGCACCAUCAGAAAGACGCAAAACAAUGUGUGGUACAUUAGAUUAUCUUCCCCCUGAGAUGAUAAGAAGAGAAGUUUAUGAUGUAUCAGUUGACCAUUGGUGUAUUGGUGUCCUACUAUAUGAAUUCUUAGUUGGUAAACCACCAUUUGAGAGUGAGCGCCAGGAUACGACAUAUGCAAGAAUUCUCGCUGUAGACAUGACAUAUCCAGAAUAUGUACCAGAGGGUGCCAAGGAUUUAAUAUCAAAGCUCCUUCGGUAUCAAAGUAAAGAAAGAUUGUCACUUGAUGCUGUGAAAAAUCAUUUCUGGGUGCAACAAUUUUAUACUGGGCAUGCC